ACUUAGAGUAAAAAAAAGAAAGGAACAUUAAAUCAUGUAUAAGCCCCAUGCUGUAUGCAUUCCUUUCCCAGCACAAAGCCACAUAAACGCAAUGCUAAGUGUAGCAAAGCUUCUUCAUCAAAAGGGCUUUCACAUAACAUUCAUCAACACCGAAUACAAUCAUAAGCGUAUACUCAAGUCGAGAGGCUUGAAUUCUCUCGACGACUUACCGAGCUUUCGCUUUAGAACGAUUCCUGAUAGCAUGCCUGUGGCCGACGACGACAUCGAUGCCCCGCAAGACCUACCGACUCUUUGUAUCGCUGUCUCCAAUGAUUUCUUAGCUCCUUUUUGCAGCCUUCUUUCUCAACUUAACCAGGAUGGUGAUGAUUUUCCUGUUGUUAGUUGUAUUGUUAGUGAUGGUUUUAUGUCGUUCACUAUUCGAGCUGCUACUGAGUUUAGCAUUCCGGUGGCUCACUUUUGGCCGUUUAGUGCUUGCAGCUUGUGGGGAUUUAGCAAUUUAGGUGAACUUGUGAAGCGAGGGAUUACUCCAUUGAAAGAUGAAAGCUAUUUGACGAACAGGUACCUCGAAACCACCAUAGAUUGGAUUCGAGGGAUGAAAAACAUCCGACUUAAAGAUCUACCGAGCUUUGCAAGAACAACGAAUCCAAAUGACAUCUUUCUAAAUUUUGUAAUUCAAGAAACAGAAAGAACAGCAAAAGCUUCAGCUAUUAUAUUGAACACUUUUGAUGCAUUGGAACAAGAAGUAUUGGAUGUUCUUUCUCAAGUUCUUCCUCCCAUUUACACCAUUGGUCCAGUCCAUUUGUUCACAGACAAAACAAAGGAGAAGAAAUUAGAAAAAAUAGCUACAAAUCUUUGGGAAGAGAAUCCAAAUUGCCUCGAUUGGCUCGAUUCGAACGAACCCAAUUCGGUGGUUUACGUAAAUUUUGGUAGCAUAGCCGUGAUGACAAACCAAAAUCUUGUCGAAUUUGCAUGGGGACUUGCAAAUAGUGGGAAACCCUUUUUGUGGAUCAUAAGGCCAGAUCUUGUCAUUGGAGUCGAAGAUGAUUAUGAUUAUGAUUAUUAUUCGACGAUUUUACCAAUUGGGUUCUUUGAAAAGACACGAGGAAGAGGAAUGAUAGCGAGUUGGUGUGCUCAAAAAGAAGUAUUGAAACACCCAUCAGUGGCGGGAUUCUUGACACAUUGUGGUUGGAAUUCGAUUAUCGAGAGCCUUUGUGCGGGAGUGCCUAUGAUUUUGUGGCCUUAUUUUGCUGAUCAACCCACGAAUUGUCGAUAUUGUUGCAUGGAAUGGGGGAUCGGUUUGGAAAUUGAUAGCGUUGUGAAAAGGGAUGAGGUCAAGCGAUGUGUUAACGAGGUGAUGGAAGGGGAGAAAGGGAAGGAUAUGAAGAAGAAAGUUAUGGAGUUGAAGAAUUUGGCUGAAGAAUCUUGCAAGUUUGGAGGUUCUUCUUAUUGCAACCUCGAUGAACUUAUACUCCAAAUACUAUCGAAGGAUCGAAUGUGAAGUUUUUGAACGUUAUGGACGAGAAAAUAAUGGGUCGGUGUCGUAUGAUUAAUGAGCUUGUUUACAUUUGUAUGAGAAAAUAAUGAUAUCAAUCCAUGUCGUGACAUUUCGAUGAAAAAUAUGAAUAAAUGUGGAAACUGAAUGCAUAUUAAUUA